AUGGUGGAGAAGAAGCCCGGAACCUUCGCCCUGACUGCCCCAGGGGAGGAUGUAAAAUUGCACAGCUCUCGGCUGAGAUUGACAACAAAGGCUUUAUCCCCAGGGCUCCAUGUGAAUGAGGAAGGGAUCUUCAGAUAUGCCAGCGCCCACUGCCCUGGCGCUGCCUGGGGCCGAGAGCGGCUUUCUCGGACCCCGGGGCAGUCUGUGCCCGCCCUGAUCUGUGGUCUGGCUGCAGCCGCAGCCCCGGGUGCUGAGCUGCGGGGUCCCCGGGGAGCCCGGGCCCAGGCCCCCGCCCUGCCCGACUCUCAGGGAGGGCCCGCCACCCCGGGACGGAAUGGGGGGGCCUUUCAGGAGGUGAGAGGCCGUUCCCCCCGGGUGAGCCCAGCACCAGCCUUCGCAGGUGUGGCCCUGCUGAGGGAGCUGGGGAGCCCUCCAAGUGCCGAGGUGCCUUACUGCGACCUGCCACGCCGCCCGCCUGCCUCUCGGGGUCUUCUCAGUUCCUCGACUGCCGGCUGCCAGUCCGUGGUGGGCCCGGGCCUUGGGCCAGGGCCAGAGAGGGUCCCGUCAGCAGGGUCCUCCAUCGAGGGCCCCACAGCCACCCCCAGGAGCGGGAGCCAGGAACAGGAAGCAGUGCCCUAUCUGGAGGGUCUGUCCCCCUCCCUGUGUGGCAGCUUCGACGAAGGCCCCGACUCUGGCACCAGCGCCAGCCCUGACUGUGACACUCCCGAUGAUCCCAGCGACUCGUCCUCCCUGGACUGGGACACUGUUGGAAGGCAGGAAGAGGCUCCCAGCUGGGACCAGCUCCCCGUGAUGAUCCCGAGGAAACCCCAGGAGGGCCCGCGAGCCGAUGGUGCGCGAAGGGCUCCGUCUGUCCUCACCCGGGCCCCCGUGGGAGGAGAGACCGGAGGCCAGAGAAAGGAAGACCCCUGUGGUGGGAGCCGAAGUUCUGGACAGCACUGGGCCAAGCUCCGGGGAGAAAGUGGAAACUUCUUGGAGCGACACCGCUCAGCGCUCACCCAGGCUUCCUGUACAGCGCCACAGAGCGGACCUCGACAUGCCUCCCCCCAGGCGUCCUCUCUCCAUCGUUCUGCCCGAAGGGAUUUUACCCAGACUACUUCGUCACAGCCUGAUACUCCCCGAGCCUCCUCUCCCCGACAGAUCACCCAACGGGACAACCCCAGGACCUCUUUCACACAGCAAACCACCCCCAGAGCAUCGUCUCCCUCAAGAAUUGCCCAACGGGACAACCCCCGAGCCUCCUCCACCCAACAAAACAAUCCUCGAGUUUCCUCUCCCACCAGAACCACCCAGCAAGACACCUCCAGAACUUCUACCCAACAGGACAGCCCUCAGACUCCUUUUCCUACGUGUACCCCACAAUGGGACAACCCCAGGACAUCCUGUGGCCAACGGGACAACCCCAAAGCCUCCUCCCCCAACAGAACCACUCAACGGGACAACCCCAGGACAUCCUGUGGCCAACGGGACAACCCCAAAGCCUCCUCUCCCAACAGAACCACUCAACGGGACAACCCCAGGACAUCCUGUGGCCAAUGGGACAACCCCAGAACCUCUUCUACCCAAAGAGACAACCCUAAAACCUCUAGUACCCAAUGGAACAACCUCAGAACCUCUUAUACUCAACGAGGCCACCCGCAAUCUUCCUCUCGGCAGGACAAUCCUGGGACUUCCUCCCCUCGAUGCUCCACUCCACGCAACACUCCCAGGAAUGCUUCUCCUCAUCGUACUAACAAAGACAUUCCCUGGGCCUCCUUUCCCCUCCGCCCAACCCAGAGUGAAGGCCCCCGAACCUCUUCCCCAUCUCGCUCCAAGCAAAGUGAGGUUCCCUGGGCAUCCAUUGCCCUUCGGCCAACCCAAGGUGACAGGCCUCAGACUUCAUCUCCCAGUAGGCCAGCUCAGCGUGACCCACCCCUGUCCUCCUCUGAAUCUACCCAGCACAACCCACCAUCCCGGGCCACUUCCUCUUCCCAUAACCCGGGCCACCACAGUGCCUCCCAGACUUCACCUCUGCACCCUGCUCCCCGCGGGGCACCCCAGACCUCUCCUGAGCCCCCAUGUUCUGUGUGUAUCGGGCAUCGGGAUGCCCCUCGAGCUUCUUCACCUCCUCGCUAUUUGCAGCAUGACCCCUUCCCCUUCUUCCCAGACCCCCAUGUAUCUGAGAGUGAAUCGCCCCACCACAACCCUCCCUAUAUACCUCCAGCUGUGUGCAUUGGACACCGGGAUGCUCCCCGGGCCACCUCACCCCCCCGCCACACCCAGUUUGAUCCCUUCCCCUUCCUCCCAGACACGUCCCAUGCCGAGACUCAGUCCCCCCAGCACGAUCCGCCUCAGUUCCCCCCGCCUGUGUGUAUCGGGUACCGAGACGCACCCCGGGCCUCCUCCCCGCCGCGCCAGGCCCCAGAGCCCUCCCUCCUGUUCCAGGAUCUCCCCAGGGCCAGCACGGAGAGCCUUGUCCCCUCCACAGAUUCUCUGCACGAGCCCCCCCACAUCCCCACCCCUGUGUGCAUUGGACAUCGGGAUGCACCCUCCUUCUCGUCCCCACCACGCCAGGCGCCUGAGCCCUCCCUUUUCUUCCAGGAUCCCCCGGGGACUAGUAUGGAGAGCCUGCCCCCCUCCACUGACUCUCUGCAUGGCUCCCCAGUGCCACUCCCCCACGUGUGCAUCGGACACCGGGAUGCACCUCGAGCCUCCUCCCCACCCCGCCACCCGCCCAGUGACCUAGCACUCCUGGCAUCCUCACCCCCGCCGCUGGGCAGCUCCGGGGGCUCCCGGGGCUCCGUGCCCCCUGGGGAGACCAGGCACAACUUGGAGAGGGAGGAGUACACCAUGCUGGCUGACCUGCCCCCGCCCAGGAGGCUGGCACAGAGGGAGCCAGGGCCUCAGUGCAGCAACGGGGGCCGUACCCGCAGCCCUGGCCGCGCAGAGGUGGAGCGCCUCUUCGGGCAAGAGCGCAGGAAGUCCGAGGCGCCGGGGGCCUUCCAGGCCCGGGACGAGGGGCUGUCGCAGCGGCCCAGCCAAGGUCAGAGCCAACUUCUCCGGAGACAGUCCAGCCCUGCCCUCAGCAGGGAGGUAACCAAGCCCCUUGCAAAGCAGGCAGAACCGGCCCAGCGGAGCCAAGCAGAGCCCCCCCAUUCCAGGAGCCCUGAGAGGCGGCCUGAAGGGGACCGGAGGCUCCAGGGGUCCUCACUGCCCCUGAGGACAUCAGCACGGACCCCUGAGAGGGAGCGGCGGACAGAAAGAUCUCUGGAAAGUGUCCCAACGGGCCCAAGACAGCCUCUGGGGGGGUGGCAGACUCCGGAGGCAUCUCCAGGUCCCCAGGGCCCUCAUGGUCACCUGGAGAGAGGCCGCGGCAGCCAGCAGGAGGGCCCGGGCCUGGAGAGCUGGCAAGGACUUGGGGAGCCCAGCCAGGGGGUUGCCAGAGCCCCAGAGGGAACUUGGAGAGGCCCUGUCGGGGAGUCUGAGGAGAGCUGGGGACGGCUGGGUGGCCCCCCCUGCCACAGGGGGCAGUCAGAGGCCUGGGAGGGGCCCCCCAGUGACGGGUUGUGGGAGCCCCCCUCUGACAGGCCAGCUCAGAGAGGCUGGGGCAGCCUGCAGGAGCUGUCCGGUCCUCACCAGCCUAUGAGCCCCCCGCAGAGCUCCAGGGUAGGCCCCGAGACACCCAGCACCCUGGGCCGGGGGGCUGAGGGAACAUGCCCACACUGGCAUAGCCCCGAGAGGCGACCCGAGCUCGACUGGAGGGACCUGGCGGGCCUUCUCUGGUCACUCAGAGAGAGGGCCGGGGCCCGCACGGAGAAGUCGAUGCUCGCCUCCCAUCUUCCCAGGCUGGACUGGGGAGGCCUCCUGGAGCUCCUGCAGGCCCAGCUGCCCCUCAAGGACCCAGCCGGACCUAGGGGUGCCCUGGCCACGGCUUCAGGGCCAGAGGCGGGUUCCGCCACGAAUGGGACCCUGGAGCUAGAGCAACAGGGCCAGCCUGACAGCUGGGUAGAGGCCACCCUAGUCGAAGGACAGAAGGCCGGGCUGUGGCCCCAGAGCUCUGCCCAGCCGCCCAGCCCUGACUGCAUCUCCACCCAGUGGCCAAAGACCAAAGUAACGAGUGGACCAGAGACCUCGACUAUGGGUGGUCUGGAGCGCAGGAGCCCCGCAGAGGGUCCCGGCUUGCCUGAGUGGGAGUUCCAAUCAGAGGAGCCUGAGGAAUCAGAACCAAGCAAAGGCCAAGACUCCUUGACCGACCAGAAGCAGGCAGACUCGGCAGACAAGAGGCCAGCGGAGGGCAAGGCUGGGAGCCCACUCAAGGGCCGACUGGUGACCUCAUGGCGGAUGCCCGGGGACCGUCCCACGCUGUUCAAUCCAUUCCUGCUGUCUCUGGGGGUCCUCAGGUGGCAAAGGCCCGAUCUGCUCAACUUCAAGAAGGGAUGGAUGUCGAUCUUGGACGAGCCUGGAGAGUGGAAGAAGCAUUGGUUUGUGCUGACAGACUCAAGCCUAAAGUACUACAGGGACUCUGCCGCCGAGGAGGCAGAUGAGCUGGACGGCGAGAUCGACCUGCGCUCCUGCACAGACGUCACCGAGUACGCCGUCCAGCGCAACUAUGGCUUCCAGAUCCACACCAAGGAUGCCGUGCACACCUUGUCGGCCAUGACCUCGGGUAUCAGGCGAAACUGGAUCGAGGCUUUGAGGAAGACCGUGCGACCAACCUCUGCCCCGGAUGUCACCAAGCUCUCAGACUGCAAUAAGGAGAACACGCCGCAUGGCACCCAGAAGGGCUCCCUGAAGGCGGGGGAGUCGCGGGUGGGCUCCGAUGGCCUCGGUGGUCGGGGCGGCCCGCGGAAGGCCCUGGACUACGUGGAGCUCUCGCCGCUGACACAGAGCUCCCCACCACGGGCCCGCACCCCGGCCCGCACCCUCGACCGCCCGGCCAAGCAGGAGGAGCUGGAGCGGGACCUGGCCCAGCGCUCCGAGGAGCGCCGCAAGUGGUUUGAGGCCACGGACAGCAGGUGUGUAGAGACGCCGGCCGGCGAGGCUCCGCGCCGGGGCCUGGGCGCCCCGCUGACCGAGGACCAGCAGAGCCGCCUCAGUGAGGAGAUCGAGAAGAAGUGGCAGGAGCUGGAGAAGCUGCCCCUGCGGGAGAGCAAGCGGGUGCCUCUCACCGCCCUGCUCAACCAAAGCCGCGGGCAGCGCCGCGGGCCUCCAGGUGACAGCCAUGAGGCCCUGGAGAAGGAGGUCCAGUCCCUUCGAGCCCAGCUGGAGGCGUGGCGCCUUCAAGGAGAGGCUCCUGCGAGUGCACCCAGGUCCCAGGAGGACGGCCACAUCCCCCCGGGCUACAUCUCGCAGGAGGCGUGCGAGCGCAGCCUGGCCGAGAUGGAGUCCUCGCACCAGCAGGUGAUGGAGGAGCUGCAGCGGCACCACGAGCGGGAGCUGCAGCGGCUGCAGCAGGAGAAGGAGUGGCUCCUGGCUGAGGAGACGGCAGCCACGGCCUCGGCCAUUGAGGCCAUGAAGAAGGCCUACCAGGAGGAGCUGAGCCGAGAACUGAGCAAGACGCGGAGUCUCCAACAGGGUCCAGAUGGCCUUCGCAAGCAGCACCAGUCGGACGUGGCGGCGCUGAAGCGGGAGCUGCAGGUGCUGUCGGAGCAGUACUCGCAGAAGUGCCUGGAGAUCGGGGCCCUGACGAGGCAGGCUGAAGAGCGUGAGCACACGCUGCGGCGCUGCCAGCAGGAGGGCCAGGAGCUGCUGCGCCACAACCAGGAGCUGCACGCCCGCUUGUCAGAGGAGAUCGACCGGCUCCGCGGCUUCAUUGCCUCGCAGGGCACCAGCGACGGCUGUGGACGCAGCAGCGAGCGGAGCUCCUGUGAGCUGGAGGUGCUGUUGCGGGUGAAGGAGAACGAGCUGCAGUACCUGAAGAAGGAGGUGCAGUGCCUGCGGGAUGAGCUGCAGAUGCUGCAGAAGGACAAGCGCUUCACGUCGGGCAAGUACCAGGACGUGUACGUGGAGCUGAACCACAUCAAGACGCGGUCCGAGCGGGAGAUCGAGCAGCUGAAGGAGCACCUGCGCCUCGCCAUGGCCGCCCUGCAGGAGAAGGAAUCGAUGCGCAACAGCCUGGCCGAGUAACGGUCCUGGUGGCCCAGCUCCGCGGCAAAUGCCCCCCCAGCCUGAGGGGACCCGCCAGUCGCCCUCCUUCCUGCUGGACGGAAGUCAGAAGCCAAGCUUUCUCCCCACCUGCUGUGGGCCUCACGUGCACUUGCCCCCACCACACACACACACACACACACACACACAUGCACGCACGCACGCACACAGGUGCACACACACGCACACACACACACACACACUCUGCGUACCUGAGCGCGCCCCUCGCACUGGGUCUUACCUUUUGCACCUUCUUCAGGAUUUUAUAUGUGAAGAGAUUUUUAUAUAGAUUUUUUCCUUUUUUUUUUCUCCCCCAAAACACUUUAUACUUGGAAACAGUUCCUGGAGGCCAUGUGCCGCCCACACUGGCUCCCCUCUGUCUCCAGCCACGGGGCUCCGGGGUCUGGGCCCGAGUGCCCUGCCCCCUGGGGGGUCUAGUGGCCACAGCAGCCUUGACCCUGGGAGAGGCAGGAAGCCUGCUACCCUCUUCCUAUCCUACCUCCCGCUAACUACUUCCUGCCUUGAGGGGAGCCACGCCUGGGGACUCUGGACCGAGGGACAGACGGACAGAGGGAGCCAGCAGCUGUCCCUGAGGCUUCCCCUCCUCCUCGGAGGGGGUGCCGGGCCAGAGCCGCCCCAUGAAGGCGCGUCUGUCCUGCUCCCUGAGCCUUCUUAACUUAAUAAAAUGAUCCUGCA